AUGGCGACCGAGAGCUGCAGCUCGGCUUCUAUCUCCGCCGCCUCCAAUGUACGUCUUCGCUCUCAGACGAUCCGUUCAGAAGCGAGCCCGAUCACCAACCUUGAAGACGAUCUUCUGCUAGAAAUUCUGAUCCGCCUCCCAAACCCUAAACACUCCUGCCGUUGCAAAUCCGUCUGCAAGCGAUGGACCUCUAUGAUCUCCAGUCCCUACUUCAAUCGCCACUUCGUUUCUCACCACCAGAGCAGGUACCAACCGAUGCUUCUUACCAACGCGCAGCUGGUCAUUGAGAGCAUUCUUCCCAUCGCCGCCGUGCCUACCGAUGAGGCCGACCUACUACGGCUUUUCGUAGUUUGGGAUAACUAUAAGGAUUUGCUCUUGUGCGGGUUUGAGGAUUUAGGACCUGGUAAUCUCGAAUCGGAUAGAUCAUACAUUGUCUGCAAUCCUUUUACCAAGCAGUGGGUCGCGCUCCCUUUAGCGCCUGUAAAGACACUCGAUUACGUCGGACCGUGCCCAAGGUUAGUCGGUGAGCCCCGCAUUUCCUCUUCUGCUACUGUUAAUCUUGACCUAGGAGAUGGCCGUGAAUUUGCUUAUGCUUCUGAGCAUCGGUUCCGGGUGGCUUGCAUGUAUACAGAGGUUGGUGCUGUUACUAUGAGAUUGAGACUAGACUUGUUUUGCUCUGAAUCUGGAGAAUGGACCAAGGACGCCAUGGUUCUUGAUUUUCCUGAUGGACCCUUUGAUUGGGAAUUAGUUUCCUGCAAUGGGGAGUUGUAUUGUUCGUAUCCCGUAUUUGAUGGCGCUAGGGGUAGGGUAAGAUGUCUCCUUGCUGCGCUUCAUCCUUUCCACCUUGAUGACCACCCUCCCACUCAUUAUAUGGAUGCUUCCGAAAUCCUGAACAGUCUGACGGAUUGCAGUCUCACCAUCUCACAGGGUGCUUUGCACUUGGUUGCAACUGGCCGUGAUGUUCCGCCUGGUCACUUGACUGUUUGGAGGCUGGAAGAAGAUGGUAAGUCUUGGAAGAAACAACACGAAGGGUUGGUGAACACGGCGUCAAGAAGGGGUAACUAUAAACUUGAGUACUUGUUUCCAGCUGAUCUGCAUCCAGAGAAGCCGGAGAUUGUCUUCUUACGGUAUUUGGAUCUCGAUGAUGAGAGGUUUGCUAGUACCUACGCCUGUAAUUUGACGAGUAGCGGGGAAGAGAUAGAAUUCUUUGCUGAAAAAGGUCAUAGUUGGAGGGUGGUCCAGCCCAAGGUUUCUGGUUGGCCUACUCCAAUUCCGAGGUACGAGCAACUACGAGGUCUAUACAAUGGAAGUCGCAGCUGCUGGGUUCAGAGCAGUCGAAGCAAAAAAAAAAAAAAAAAAAUCCCUCCAUUGUAGGACUAACAAAAGAAUGCCCACCAGUUGACGACCGAGUUGCUCAAUCUGCCCAGCAGAGGUAGGGCAAGAGAACAGCAUCGCCCUCAGGCGGAGUCGUGGAGUGAAGAAGCCCAAGGAAGGUGAAUGGCUAGCUCCUUUAAGACCGUUAGUCUCCAAAUGAUGCAAUGUAAUUGGAGGAAUUUGCAAUGGCAGAGAAACUUGGUUGCACACUUGCACUCUGUUAUGAAAUUAGAUCAGGUUUGCUAAGUCGGUUAGAAUUCAGGUUUUAGUCGUAAGUGCCAAAUUUCAGUAAGUAGGCCAGUUCGUUUGUCUUCCUUGUAGCAUCAUCCCUUAUCUACAAGUGGCGAAAUUGUUGCCUAUCGAUCCAAGUUUUAUUUUCUGGUUCAUCGAUUGUCUCGAUGUUAUCAGAACGUCUUCUCCCUCUGUCGCAAGAUCGAACAUGAUGCAUGGGCUUUGAUCACCAAUCUAACCGUGCUAGGGGUCACAUGAUUUGUACAG